CGGAUCUGAUCUGCUGACGUGUCGGCUCCUUCAGUGCUCAUGCUCCAGCAGCAGCGGAGUCCAGCCAGGCAAUAGAAACUGCCAGCAUGGCAGCAAAACACUUUUAUCGACAGGGCUUUUUAUUACUUUUAUUUAAUUUUAUUUCAACUGCGGCCUUGGAAAAGAGGUUCUCCGACCUGAAAAGAUGCGCCGAUGAGGAGUGCAGCAUGCUCCUGGUUCGGGGAAAAGCUCUGAAAGAUUUCUCGGGCCCAGACUGUCGGUUCCUGGCGGUGAAGAAAUCAGAAACAGUCUAUGUAUACUACAAACUGUCGGGUAAAAAGCCCGGUAUAUGGGCCGGAAGUGUUGGAAGUAACUUUGGCUAUUUCCCAGACAACCUUAUUGCAGUAAACCACAUUUAUACUGAGAAAGAAAUUGAAGUUCCAGCAGAGGAAACAGAUUUUGUCUGUUUUGACACCGGAUUUGAUAAGUUUGACAAUUACGAUGUAGAUUACCUGUUGGGCUCUUUACCGGAGGACAAUGACGGUGAAAGUAAGGGAACAUCUGACCAAAUCGUAGUUGCAGACGAGGCCCCGAAAGAAACACAGCCAUCAGAAGAGGAGGCAACUGAGAGUGAAAAACAAACUGAGAAUCCUGAUAACUCUGAGGAUCUUGAUAUAGUCCCAGAUGAUGAAAGCGCCUCUUUGCCUGAACUUGACGUGGUAACUGAAUCCCCUUCUACUGAAGAAGUAGACUCUGAAACUGAAUCUACUCCUGAUGCUUCUGAAAGCAAUGCAGAAGACACAGAAGUUAAGAAAGAAAGCACAUUAAAGCCAGUUCUCGAAAAGGUUGUGUCUCAAAGCAGUGACACCAAAGAUACUGCCACCAAAUCAGAAGAGGAAUCUGUGCCCAAAGGUGAUAUUGUUCCAGAAAACGAACCAGUCACGAUUUCUGAAGGAGUGCAGAUCCCUAAGUUAAAAACUACUCUUGGAACAACUUUCGAUGCUGUUAUCUCUGAUGACGAAAUCACCCGGAAUGUAACCCCAUAUAAAGAGGAAGAGAGUGAAUUUGUUGAGAGUCAUCCCAAAGAUGACAUUGUUGUAAAAGAAGAAAUUCCAUUGCUGUCUUUCUCUGAAGAAAACGUAAACACACCAGCAUCGGAAUCCUUUAAAAAGCAUGACACUCCUCCUACAACACAGGAAGAUAAACCAGAGGCUGCAGAGGAGAAGAACAUGUGGACAUCUAUCGGUGAUGCCGUUUUUUCAGUUGUCACCGGUGGAGAGAGGACAGCAGCAGAUUUGACCUCAGAAGAAGACGACGACGAUGAUGAUGAUGAGGAUGAGGUAGAAGAAACUGCUCCAAAACCCCUUGAAGCAGGAGAAAAAGCUGUAGAAGAACAACUGCUAUCAGUAGAACCACAACAAGAGCCAGAAAACAUUGAAGAAGACUUGGUGGAUGAUGAUGAUGAUGAUGAUGAGGGAGAAGUGAUCGGACCUGAGGAUGCUCCGGAGGAAACCUUAAAACCAACUGAUGAGCCGAUACACCAUCAAAUAGAAACAAUAUCCGUAGAUCUGUUAACAGAAGAGGAAACCGCUGCCAUUCCUGAGACCCAAAAUUCUGAGAACAAAACAACAGAAGAACCCAUUGAGCACAAAGUGGAAGAAGAGGAAGAGGUUUAUGAUGAUGAGGUUGAGGAAAAUGCAGAGAAUGAAAUGGUUGAAAACACAACUGUGACGAAUCAUGAAUCAGCUGAUAUCGAAACGCAUCAGGACACGAUCACUGAGGAGAUGCAAUCAAAUCAUUCAGAUAUCAAAGAUGAUGGCAAGACAAUAGAUGACACUCUACCUCAUGAGCAGUUAUUGACUGAGUCACACAGUAAUGACACUGAACCAGAAUUAUCUGUGGAGGAACUGGAGAUUCAAGAGGAAGAUCUUGCAGAGGAGUUGAAUGAUGGUGAUGAAGAAGAGAAAGAGAUAGAGGAGCAGAAAGAGGAGGGAAACCAAGAAUUGCUUGAAGAUGAGAAUGCUCUUUCAUUCUCACAAUCGGAUCACUCUGACGAACCUUCACCUGAAGCUGCUCUGCCCACACAGUCAACUUCAGAGCCAGAAUACAGCGACAGCAUCAUGAGACUGACUCUGCUCAGAGACCAUUUCACAGAAGAGAAAAUGGAGGUGUUCCAAAAGCUGCUCGGCCUCAGGAAUCUAUUCAAAGUGGAAUCCAUGUUCUCUGACUUGGACACGGAGAUGAAGGUCAGUCGUCUCUCACAAACAGGAACCGCAUCAGAAGAUAUUGAAAGUGCCCUCGAGGGCAUCCUGGAAGCCUCUGAGAACACCAUCCUGGACGAGAUUGAGAAAAUGCUGGAUGGUCAACAAGCAAAACGCAACUAUGUGGAACAUACAGAGACAAAUAGUACCGAUGAAGAAACUGAAAUCCUGGAUGACUUCCAGGAGCUCGCAUUCGCCAUACGACACAAGUAUUCAACAGUCAGUGACAGCACGCCUCUGGCUUCAUCAGAUAAUAAUCAAGGUUCUGUUGUAGAUGAGCACACAGUAAAGGUAAAAGAUGACCAACCUGUCAUUGUUGAAGAGGAGAAGGUUGUCAGCGUCCCUGAGGCCGAGAGUGAUAACAACCUCACAGUAACAGAUCAGGAGGAACAGCCACCAGUGAAGGAAGAAGAGCCGAUUGUUUUGGAAGAGUUGCACAGCGGACCGGAGCUCAGUGUAGAGGAGCUCAGUGUAGAGGAGGAUGGCGGACACUUUAACAAAAACAAAGACAAUCAGCCGAGCUUCAGUGCAUCAGACGAGCUGCCUAAAGUUCCUCAAGCCACUCUGGAAAACCCCUUGGACAUGGGCCUCAGUGUUGAGGUUGAGCACUCGCCCUCAGCAUCUUUGGACCCCAUGGAACCAGUGCCUGAAAUUCAUAAAGAACAAGAAGAAGAAGUGGGAUUAUUCUCAACGGGGAUUGUUUACAUGGGCUGCAUUCUUUCUAUAACCAAGACCAAAAUCGCAGAGUGGACUAUUGAGGUGAUCACCUUACUGCCAGAGGAGUGGAAACCAGGGGAAACCUUUUUUGGCUGUCCUUGGCAAGCUGUCAUCAUCACCGCUUUGAUUGGAGUAAUGACCUUCACCCUCUUCUUCUGGAGGACCGUGUUGGCAGUGAAGAAGAGGGAAUACCUUGUGGAUGAAAAGAAGCUGACAGAGCAAAUGUUGGUGUUCAAAAAAGAGAAGAAUGAUGCCCUGGCCCAUAUGGCUGAUCUUCAGAAACAGACUGAACACCUGAGAGAAACUCAAAAACAGUCGAAGGAAACAGUUAGUUCUACUAUGAAAAAGAUGCAAAACCUACAGAGUAAAGUUUUGGAGGCAGAAACACGGAAUGACCAGAUGGUUGAGGAAAAAAUGAAAUAUGCCAAACUACUGGAAGACGAGAGGACAAACUCUCUGCAAAACAGCACCAGGAUCGAGAAAUUGGAGAAGUCAAACGAGAAGCUGCAGCUCAGCAGGAAGAAGGCUCAGGAAGCUCUCGCUAAGACUACCGUUCUCCUGGACGAGGCCAAGAUCCGUGAAGACGCCCGAAACGUUCAGCACAAAUGUCUCCAGAAAGAUUACACAGCACUAAAAGAAGAAAAUAAAACACUGAAAACUACCAUUAAGAGCUGGGAGGACAAACACAAGGAGCUGAACGAGAAGAUUAAAGUCUACCAGAAGUCUCAGAAAGAGCUGGAGGACUCGGUGGUCCUUAAGGAUCACAAUGUGGAGGUGCUGUCCGAACUUCUGGCGGAUCUAGAUGCCUGUGAUUCACAAAAAGGUUCUUCUUCAGACAAGAAGACCGCCAUAACAAACCGGAUCAAGCAGAUGAUGGAUGUUUCCCGGGUCCAGACCACUCUCACUGUAGUCGAAGAAGAGCGAGAUCGCUUCAUGACCAAACUACUGAGUGAAGAAAAGACGAGGAAGUCCCUGGAAGAACAACACCAGGAGCUGGAGCAUUCAAUUGCAACCCUCAAAAGCGAGAAGAGUCAUGUUGAAAACCAGUUCAAGAUCCUCCAGCAGAAAAAUGAAAUCAUGGUAGAGAUGUACCAGCAGAAGGAAAACGCUCUGCAGCAGAGACUAACGAAGGAAGAGUUGGAGCGACGCAGCAAAGAGAGCCAGCUGACCGAGGUGGGGGGGAAAGCUGUUGAGGCUGAGGAGCAGGUGAAAAUCCUACGCCGGCGCAUCAAUGAGAUGGAGGAGCAGAUGAAGAAGACGGAGGAGGUCUACAAGGAGCAGGUUAAAGAACAGGAAAACAAGACUCACUCAAACUGGGUAAACGCCCGUAAUGCAGAGCGAGCUCUAAAUCAAGAGAAGCUCGAGUCCUCAAAGCUCCGGGAGAAACUGGCUGUCCUCACCUCUCAGCUGAACGAGCGCCGCGCUCCUCUCUUCAGACCCAACUCCGGUCAGCCCUCCGGUCCUCGCCAAGGUGAUUCAUACGGGCCCUCUCCUGUGAGUGGGGGUGCACCCUCCCCUCCUAUAAUGAUAGAGGGUCCCAGGCGCCCUCCUUCUGCUCCAGUUGGGCGAAGAAUUGACCCGUAUGGUCCACGACCUCCCUCAGACCCGCACGGCCGCUACGCUGAAAACAAACACAUCCCCGGGAUGGACAUGAUGGGCCCCCGCAGCUCAUCCCCUACCAACAUGGAUGCAUCUACACAGGCAGUAGAUCCACAGAUUAAAGCAGAGGCGGAGGCAGAGGCCUCCACAGAAAGCCCAGAGCCAGGACCUGGAUCCUUCCUUGCGUCUCCAAUCAGAGACUCUCCAGGGCCCAUGGUCCAAGGAGGCCCCCCCGGACCCCAUGACCCACUCCUCCCUCCUGGCCUCCACGGCCGCCUGCCGCCUCCUGGCCCUUACAGAGGCCCCCGGCCCGGCCCCUACCACCUCCCUCCAGGUCCUCACGGUCCCCUUCCUCCCAAUGUACCGCCUCACCUUCAUGGGCCUCCACUCCCAGCCAAUGGGCACCUAGGUAUGCCUCUGCCUGGACCAAUGGGGGGAGAGUUUGGACCUCGACCCGCAAACGGACAUGCGUUCCCCCCACGGCCAGGCCCUGGACAUGUGAUGGACCCCCGGGGCCCACCACCGCCACACUUCCGUCCCCUUCCCCCUCAUCACUAUGGACCGAUGCCCCCUGGUCUCCGUGGACCGAUGGGACCACGUCCGCCCCUCCAUCCUGACAUGCGUUACCCAGGACCGCGUGACCACACAGGCCAACCCAUGAACCUGCCCCCCGGAGCCGCCUCCCACCCUGCACAUGGCGACACGUACGGCCACGCUCCCCCCGAUGCCCUCCACAACUCGCAAAGCGGCCCCCGACAGGACCUGCAUGCGAAGCAGGAGGCCCCUCAGGACUCCAGACCGCCGAUGGUCAAGCCUUAAACACGCCACCGGCCAUGGCGGAGGACUUGAAUUUACCCAGAAUGCAUCACUUUAACAACAAGAUCCAGUCUGAACGAAGGUCAUGGUAUUUUUCAUAUUUCAAUUAUAAAAUGAAAGCUGCAAUUUUGUUUAUUAAAAAAAUAAGAAUAUGGUCCCUAAAUUAAAGCAUCAAUAAUUCUGUGUCUGAAAUCAAUGAUUUAAAAAGGGUUGCCACUUUUCUAAACUGCUUUUUGUGCAAUAAUAAUUCAUUAUAUGCCAGAUUAUUUUCAUUUUUGUUCUUUUAAAAUCUAUAAAUAACGAUGAUUUUUAAGGGUCAAUUUUUUUAAAUGUCAUUUCCUGUGGAAAUUAUUUUAAGAACGGACGAAAGGAGGAAGUUAAGCGUCUAGCGUUUCAGGAACAACCAUAAUUUCCCAGAGCUGUUGCUUCAGAGCCGACUGUUAAGGAAAUGUGAAAUUUGAUGGCCAGAUGUAUAACUUAUUUUACUAUGUUGGUAGAAAUUUUAAUAAUAAAGAAUCCAAAAGCU